AUGCUCACGGGCGGGCUUUUGGCACCGCCCCAGCAGGCGCUACAGGACCUCGUAGGUGCUAAUAGCAGCGACGUGAAGCUAGCCCUGCUCGAGGCCCGCCUGACGGGCAGACCCGGGAGCGGCCAGGCGGCCGUGCCCCCACCUGCCGGCCCUAACGCCACAUCGGGCGCCUCCAACGGCAGCGACCACGACCCCAGGAUGAGUGGUCGCACAAGCCGUGCCACACCGCCGCCUCAGACUGCAGCGCCUAGCAGCGCCGUCGGCAGCAACCAGCGCCGUCCGGCGAGCGGUGGGGGGCAAGCAGGUGCAGCCACGGGUACCAAGGCGCUCGCCCCCAUGUCGCCAGCGGCGGCAAGCGAUGCGGCGCAGCCGCGUGACGCGCCGACUGCGGCCGCGCAGCAGCCGAGCAAGAGGCGCAAGACCUCCAAGCCGCUGCACCGGCAGCUGGACGGCGGCAGCAACGGCUUCGGCACGGCAGCACCCAGCCGGCUGGACCAGGGCGGCGGCGCCGCCAGAGGCGGCGGCGGCGCUGCAGGUGCUGCUGCCUUUGCUGCAGCCUCCGCCACGGCUGACAGAAGCCAGCAGGCCGCUAUUCAGCAGCAGCAGCAGCAGCAGCAGCAGCAGCAGCAGCAGCAGCAGCAGCAGCAGCGGCAGCCCCUGCAGCAGCUCGUCCCGCCGCUCGAGGCAGAGCCUGGUGCCGGAGCCCCCUCGAGGGCGCCUCAGCGGGAGCCCAUCAUUAUCAUUGACGGCAACAGCAACCCGCCCUCGCCCUUCCACCAGGGCCCCCGUCAGCAGCAGGGUGCCCUGGCCCCCAGCCGGACACCGCGCUCCGCUUCCAAGCAGCCCAUAAAGGGGCAGGCCCCCAUCAAUCGCUUCUUCCUGCCAGCUGGCAACAGCCACGACGGCCACAGCCGCGACUCGGACCCGACCUCUGCCGGCGUGGCUCGGCAGCAGCAGCAGCAGCAGCGGGAGGAGGCCGCCGCGGCGGAGCAGAGGCGGCAGCAGCAGGAGCGGCGGGACGAGGAGUCGCGGCAGCUGAGGGAGCGGCUGAGGCGGCAGGAGCAGGAGGCGGGGGAGCUGCUCAGGCAGCAGGAGGACUCAAGGCGGCGCGAAGCUGAGCUGGCGGCCCAGCUGGACGCAGCGCGCGGGAGCGGGCUGGACGCGCAGCAGCAGCUGGAGGCGGCGCAGCAGGAGCUGGCGCGCGUCAGGACCGAGGCGUCCGAGCGCGACGCGGCCGCCCGCGCGGCGCUCGCCUCCUUGGCGCGCGGCCUCGCGGCCAAGGAAGGCGCGCUCGCGCGGCUGCAGCUGGCCGCCAGUGCCGCGCGGCUGGGGACGCUGAGCGUGGCACGGAGCGGGCCCAUGGGGUUCGCAGAGGUCUGGGAGGACGGGCCCGCGUUCCUUGAGCUGGUGCGGCGCGGGGCGGCGCUGCAGCGGCAAAAAGAGGAGAUCGAGGCGGCGCGGAAGGCGCUGAAGCGGCGGCUGCCCCCGCCCCCAAGGGCGGCAGCGGCGGCAGCGGCGGCGGCGGCGGCGGCACCAGACAGCCAGGACCCAAGUAGCGGCGGCGCCUGCGGCCCCAGCAGUAGCGGUGAUGUGUAUCUGACGUCAGCAGAGUACGUCACCAAGGACGAGAUCCUCAAGGUGCGCCUGUCAGUGCUGAAGCGUGAGGAGGAGGCGCUGUCACGGGAGGAGGAGCGGCUGGCCCUGGACCGCACAAGACACAUACGGCUUCUGAAGCGCGUGCGCGAGGAGGAGGGCAGCCGGUUCUGCGGGCACCAGCCGCUGCUGCACGGGCGCUACGUGCUGAUGGGGCUGCUGGGGAAGGGCGGGUUCAGCGAGGUCCACAGGGUGAGGGGGCGCCCUGGGCACGACCUGAUUAGCCAGUGGGGGCUGGGGUGUGAGUGA